AUGCCCAAAGACUACCAGGAGGUCUACAGAGGGAAUAAAAAUGACAUCAAAGAGAUCCCAAAGAUUGCAAAGCCCUUCAUUUCUGAGAUGAUAUUUUUGCAAACCAGCGUCACUGCUAUAAGGAAAGGUGCCUUCAGGUACAUGCCCAACCUGAUCAAGAUUUUGUUUAUUGGCAACAAGAUCAAGACAGUUGAACCUGGAGCCUUUGAUAAUUUGGACAAGCUGAGGGACUUGGACAUCUCUGGUGCCUUGUUAGAAGAACUGGCUGCAGACACUUUCCAAAACCUCCCAAGCUUGCAGAGGCUAGAGCUGAGAGACAGCCACCUCAGAUACAUCCCCAAAGGCCUGUUUGAUGGGCUGGAGAAUCUGGGAGAGCUCUCGCUGCAUAUCAAUGAGAUCCCUUCUCUUCCAGAAGGUGUUUUUGAUUCCCUCAUCAAUCUAACGUUUUUGGACCUGGCUAGGAACAGGAUCACAACUCUUCCUGGGGAUGUCUUUAGCAAGCUCUGCCAGCUGCGUGUCCUCCGGCUCUAUGAGAAUGAGCUGCAGGACCUCCCGGAGGGGCUGCUGGACAGUCAGUCAGGGCUGCUGGAGCUCAGCCUCCAGAGAAACAGGCUCAGGGCACUGCCACCCAUGCUCCUGAGGAGCCUGCCUCACCUGGAGAAACUCCUCUUGGAUAAUAACCACAUCAGGGUUCUCCCAUCGCAGAGCUUUUUUGGUUUAAACAAACUGAAGCUUCUGACUCUGGGUUCAAACAACAUUAUGGAGCUCCCCUGCUGCCUUUUUGACACCAUGCCACACCUGCAGGAGCUGGACCUGGGACAGAACAGUUUGGCCACACUUCCAGAUGGCAUCUUUGUCAACCUCACAUCACUUAGCAAACUCAUCUUGUCCCACAACCAGCUAGCAGCCCUGCCAAGAGGAGCUUUCACUGGGCUCAGCAAGCUCUUGGACCUCCAGCUGGAGACAAAUCAGCUUUCUGCUCUGGAUGAUGAGGUCUUUACUUCUCUCCCAAAUCUGAAAACACUCAACCUUCGGAAGAACCACCUGGAAAGUGUUCCCAGACGACUGCUGGACCCCCUGAAGAAGCUCAGCUCAGUGUAUCUGAGUGAGAACCCAUGGAGAUGUGACUGCAACCUCUGCUACCUGCACAUCUGGAUCCUGGGCAACAGUGAGAAGGGCAAGCAGUGA